UUUUGCAUAGACAUAUUGCAUAGUUCAAAACUUAGAGUUAAAAUAAGUCUUGUUAGAUAACAGCAGGAUAGUUGUAACAUAGUAACAUAAUAUAGAUUAGAUAAUCAUACGUUAUCGUAGCAAAUCGUAAUGGAAAUCAACACCAGCAAAGAUAAUGACAUUGUUGUCCGGCGGCGUUCCACUUUGUUUACUUCUGCUGAUACCAAUUCUGCCUCAAGUUCUCCGAGUACUUACACGAUAAGCUAUGAAAAGCAGCUUAGAGACGAAAUUGAAAAUUGGAACCGAAUGAUUAAUGAAACGUACAAGAAAAUAAAGGAACUUAAACGAACGCAAAUCGAGCUGGACUCUUCUCUACUUUCCAAGGAACAAAAACAGUACUUGGAAAUGGGACCGAAAACGGAGAAGAUUUUACAGCAGUCCAACGAAUUCAGAGCUUUGGUAGAACGCUAUAUACAGCGGAAAUCCUUCCUGGCACAACGAUACGAUGCCCUACUGAAGGACGCUCGUGCCAUCGUCGAUAAUAAGGCACUGAGUGUCGGCGAAAGGCAAUUGCUUUCGGAGGAAGUGGAUUAGUCGAUAUUAUUGUGGUCACCAAUUACUGUGUUUUAUUAUUAUUUUCAUAAAUUUGCACGAAUCAUUUGUGUUUUAAACAUUAGUUGCCUUACAUUCUAAGUAUAUUGUUAGUAUAACAGCCCUUUUCGAUCCUAUGUAUUCGUCAGCUUUAGUUGAUAGCAUCAUGCACGUCAUUUUGUCAUUUUAACAAUAAUUAAAUUUUUAUAUUAAAUUGCACUUUGCAAAAAAAAUAUGAAAAAAAUUAUUUGUAUAAUUUAGCUGGCUUAUUAGAAGAAAAAACAGAAUUAUACAAUUGUGUGUGGAAUAGUCAGUUCAAAUCCAGUUCGUUGCGCAUAUUUUCAUUCAUACGCUGAACAAAAAAAGGUCUACUAGCAUGAUGCUUAUUUUGAUACCUUCUGCCCGGUUUGGCAUUCUGCUGCUCGCCAUUAGUGGUGACAUUUUGUCCAUUAUUGUCGCUGAAAUGUGUUGUGGACCUCGAAGCUGCCUGUUUUGCGUUAGUUUUAGCGAAAGAAUCAUCUGUUCUUGCCUGCGAUCGCAACAGAUCUCCUGGAAUCACUUUCUCUCUGAUCUGUAUUAUUGAAGUGUUCAUCACUUCGCAAUCGAUCUGCAUCAAGGAUACUUUUUCCGAAUGAUGAGUGGCUGCAAACGUUAAUAUUGUUAGAAUACAUCGAAACGUAAUGAC